AUGGAGAAAGAGAUUGAAAUGACAAAAUUUGAAGAAGAGAAAGAAGAAGUAAAAAGAUUCACAAGAUCAAUUUAUGUUAAUAUGGAACAAAGUACAAAAAAACAUGUUAAAGAGAAUUAUACAAGAAGUAGAGGAUAUGGGAAAAUUGGGAUAAUUAAAAAAAUUAUUAUUGAAGAAAUAACAAGAAUUAGUUUUAUUUACUUUUUAAUUAUUAGUAUUAUUGAAGGAAUAAUAACAAAAGAGAAAGAAGGAACAACAAUUGCACCAUUAAUUGUUUUAAUUGGAAUAACAAUUAUAAAAGAAUGGAUUGAAGAAUAUGGAAGAAUUAAAGAAGAAGAAGAAGAAAAUAAAGAAAAAGUAACAAUAAUAAAAGGAGAAAGAAGAAAAAGAAAAGAAAUAAAAGAUAUUAAAGAAGGAGAUAUGAUUGAAUUAGAAGAGAAUUCAAUAGUACCAUGUGAUUGUAUUAUUCUUAAAGGAAAAACAAGUAUUGAAACGAGUGAAAUUAAUGGAAGAAAUGAAUUAGAAAAGAAAGAAGGAAUUAAAAUAAUAAGAGAAAAGACAGAAGAAAAAAUAAGAAAAGAAGAAAUGAGUUUUUAUAUUGAAGAACCUAAUGAAAAAGAAGAAGAAUUUGAAGGAAAAGUUUAUAUAGGAAAAGAAGAAGAAAAUAUUGGAAUAAAAAAUUUUAUAAGAAAAGGAAGUAUUAUAAGAAGUAAAGAAAGAAUUAUUGUUUUAGCAUGUUAUAUUGGAAAAGAAACAAAAGAAGGAAUACAAAAAGAAAAAAGAAGAAAGAAAAGAAGUUAUAUUGAUAAUAUGAAAGAAUUUUAUAUAAUGAUAAUGAUAAUAAUUUUUAUUAUUAUGGGAAUUAUUUCAAGUGAAUUAAAUAAAAGAUGGAAUGAAGAAAAAGGAGGAUGGUAUAUUAAUUAUAAAAAAGAAAGUAAAUGGAAAAUAAUUUUAGAAAGAAUAUAUGAAUAUAGUAGUAUUAUUCCAAUAUCAGUAAUUAUUACAAUAGAAAUAGCAAGAAAUAUUCAAAAAAGAAAUAUUGAAAGAGAUGAAGAUAUGAAAAAUAAAAAAGGAAAAGUAAAAGGAAAAAAUGCAGGAUUAAAUGAAGAACUUGGAAGAAUAAGUCAUAUUUUAACAGAUAAAACAGGAACAUUAACAAAUAAAUAUUUAGUAUUUACAAAAUGUUCAAUAGGAGGAAAAAUAUAUGGAAAAGAAGAAAAAGAAGAAAGUUUUGAAGAAGAAGAAGAAAUAAUAGAAAAUAAAGAAGAAGAAGAAGAAAUUGAUAUAGUAGAAAUAGAAACAAAAGAAAUUAUAGAAGAUUAUCAAAAAAAAGGAAAACAAGGAAAAAUUAUAGAAGAAUUUUUUAAAGGAUUAUUAAUAUGUCAAAGAGUAGAAAUUAAAGAAGAAGAAGAAGAAAUUGAAUAUUUUAGUGAAACAAAAGAAGAAUUAGCAAUAAUUGCAGGAAGUAAAAAAUGUGGAUUUGAAAUAAUUGAAAGUACAGAAGAAAGUAUUUCAAUUAAUAAUAGAGAAAAAAAAAUAACAUAUAGAAUAUUAAAAAGAUAUGAAGGAGAAGAAGGAAAAAAAAUAGUAAUAGUGUAUGAUGGAAAAGAAAUUAAAGUAUAUUGUAAAGGAAGAGAAAAACAUAUGAGAGAAGGAAUAAAAAUGAAAGCAAUUAAUGGGAAAAUUUUAAAAGAAAAUGAAGAAUUUAAUGAAGAAGGAUAUUUAACAAUGAUUAUAGGAAUGAAAAAGAUGAAAAUAGAAGAAUAUAUAGAAUGGGUAGAAAAAGGAGAAAAAGAAGAAGAAAUAGAAAAAGAUAUAAUAUUAAUUGGAAUUACAUGUGUUGAAGAAAAAUUAGAAAAAGGAGUAAAAGAAAGUAUUAAAAAAUUUCAAGAAGCAGGAAUUAAAGUAUGGAUGGUUACAGGAGAUAAAAGAGAAAGAGCAAUAAAUGUAGGAAAAUCAAGUGGAAUAAUAAAUAAAAAGAAAAUAACAACAAAUAUUAAAAUAAGAAAUGAAGAAGAAGGAGAAAAACAAAUAGAAAAAGAAUAUCAAAUAAGAAAAAAAAAUAAAAAAGAAAGAGGAAAUAAUUUAAUUAUUGAUGGAAAAUCAAUAGAAUAUUGUUUAAAAGAAAAAAAUAAAAAGAAAAUUCAAAAAAUAAUAAAAUAUAGUGAAAAUGCUAUAUUUUGUGAAUGUACAAGAAAACAAAAAGGAAAAAUAGUAAAAAUAAUUCAAGAAAUAGAAAAAAAAAGUAUAUUAGCAAUUGGAGAUUCAAUAAAUGAUAUUGAUAUGAUUAAUAAAGCAAAUAUUGGAAUUGGAAUAAUUAAAGAUAAAGAAAAUGAAGCAACAAAAAUUUGUGAUUAUUCAAUUCCAGAAUUUAGAUUUUUAGUUAAAUUAAUAUUAAUUCAUGGAAGAUAUUGUUAUAGACAAAUAGGAAUUACAUUAUUUUAUUUAUUAUAUAAAAAUAUUAUUCUUAUAAUGUGUGAAUUUAUAUAUAAUAUGUUUUGUGGAAAUUCAAUAAUACAAAUAAUUCCAAAAAGUGUUAAAAUAGAAUAUAAUACUUUAUUUACUUCUUUACCAAUAUUAAUAUUUUCAAUUUUUGAUAGAGAUAUUCCACCUUAUAUAAUAUUUAAAUAUCCAAAAUUAUAUAAAAAUAAAGAUUAUAUUUCACCUAUUUCAUUUUGUUGGUGGUUAUUUAAUGCAAUUUUAUCUUCUUUUACAAUAUUUUUUAUUUCUUAUGUUGUAUUAUAUAAUGAUUCUUUAUUAAUUAAUGGAAAAGUUAUUAAUUAUGAUGAAUUUACUUUUAUUAUCUUUAUAUCUAUAUUUAUUGUUGUUACUUUAAAAGUUUUUUUUAUUACAAAACGUUAUACUAUUCUCAAUUUUAUUGCUUUAUUCUUUUCUAUUAUUUUAUUUAUUACUUUAUUAUUUAUUCAACAACUCUUCCCUUCUUUUGAUAAUUGGUUUUGGUUUAAUGUUUUUAUUCAAAUGCUUCAAACUCCUGUUUUUUAUGCUUUAGUAUUACUUAUUCCUUUAAUUUUAUUUUCAAAAGAUUUCCUUUGGAGACAUUUAAAAAGAAAAUUUAUUCCUUCAUCUAAUCAUAUUGCUGAAGAAAUCGCUUACAAAAAUAUUUCUAAAACUUAUAAUACAAUAAAAUCAAUUAAUGAACGUAAUCUCUUCUUUCAAUCUUCUUGGCAUCUUCCUCAAAAUCAACAUGAUUAUCUUGAUUUUUCUGAUUCGGAUUCGGAUUCCUUUGAUCUUGACCAUCAAAAUGAAAUUGAAUUAACAAAUUAUUAA